AGGUUGCACCCUUGGAUCAAUAAUUACAAUGAUCUAGUUCUCUUUUUGAUGAAGUGUAACAUGGAUGUUAAAUAUAUUGGGUCUGGUCAGGCAGCUAAAGCUCUAGUGUACUAUGUUACAGACUACGUUACUAAAGGCUCUCUACCAUUGCAUUUAGGAUUACAGUCGCUUUGUUGGGCAAUCAGGCAGAAUGAAGCGAAAUAUUACCAGGAUAAAACAGUGGAUGCAGACCGCGUGCGACGCAGCCUGAUGGUGAAAGUUGUCAAUGCUAUGAUGGGCCGUCAAGAAAUAUCGCACCAGCAAGUCAUGAGCUAUCUCGUGGGCGGAGGUGAUAGUUAUAAAAGCCACACGUUUAAAACACUGUACUGGGGAGAGUUC